AGGAGGAGUGGGCACCAGGGGGCGAGGGGCUGGCCGGGCAUUGGAGCUUGAUUGGGUGUCUGUUGAUUUUACGUUGCAAAUAACAAGGCGGCCACCCCUCUUGUGUUUCCAUGAUUACAUUCCAGUGAAGAGGUGCGGAAUAGAGGGAGCUUAGGUUGGAAUUCCCAAGACUUAGAGAUGUGAUCCCCUAAAAGUUUAGACGGUGAACGGGAGAUUGAAGGGUGACGGGAGUGGGCAGGCGCUCUUAGGAUGCUCUAACCCGGCGUGCGGCGGCAGGGUUUUAAAUCGCUCUGCCUGGGAUUGCUUGGCCUGAGUGACCUCCUGGACCUGCCCUGGUGGAAUCUGGACUUGCCCGGCCGAGAUGCCCAGGAAUAAUUCUGCUACAGGGCUGAAUUCAAGGACGUGAAUUGUUGACCUCAUGCCAACAUCAGAACCUCAGAUGUCAUUCUAAUUUAUUUGCAAGCUGGCUUUAUGUGGAAAUAAACUUGAACCAAGGGCCUGUCGGAAAUUCACUGUGACGUUCAAAUCAAGAAAACUCGCUGAACUCCCCAGAGCCUUUCCCCAUGGGCCCUGAUGGUAGACUCCAAAAGGUGCAGCCUCAGGUGGUCCCCCUUCUUCUGUGGCAAGAAUAAACUUUGGGUCAUUGAUUGCAAUACCACCUGUGGAGAAAAUGGUAUGCGAGGGAAAGCGCUCAGCCUCUUGCCCUUGUUUCUUCCUCUUGACUGCCAAGUUCUACUGGAUCCUCACAAUGAUGCAAAGGACUCACAGCCAGGAGUAUGCCCAUUCCAUCCGGGUGGAUGGGGACAUCAUUUUGGGGGGUCUUUUUCCUGUUCAUGCAAAGGGAGAGAGAGGGGUACCUUGUGGGGAGCUGAAGAAGGAAAAGGGGAUCCACAGACUAGAGGCCAUGCUUUAUGCAAUCGACCAGAUUAACAAGGACCCCGAUCUCCUCUCCAAUAUCUCUCUGGGUGUCCGGAUCCUUGACACAUGCUCCAGGGACACCUACGCUCUGGAGCAGUCGCUUACCUUCGUGCAGGCAUUGAUAGAGAAAGACGCGUCCGAUGUGAAGUGUGCUAAUGGAGAUCCACCUAUAUUUACUAAGCCCGACAAGAUUUCUGGUGUCAUAGGUGCUGCAGCAAGCUCCGUGUCCAUCAUGGUGGCUAACAUUUUAAGACUUUUCAAGAUACCUCAAAUUAGCUAUGCAUCCACAGCCCCAGAGCUGAGUGACAACACCAGGUAUGACUUUUUUUCUCGGGUGGUCCCGCCUGACUCCUACCAAGCCCAAGCCAUGGUGGACAUUGUGACGGCCCUGGGAUGGAAUUACGUGUCAACAUUGGCUUCCGAAGGGAACUAUGGAGAGAGUGGUGUUGAGGCCUUCACUCAGAUCUCAAGGGAGAUUGGUGGUGUUUGCAUUGCUCAAUCACAGAAAAUCCCGCGUGAACCACGACCUGGAGAAUUUGAAAAAAUUAUCAAACGCCUGCUGGAAACGCCUAAUGCCCGCGCAGUGAUUAUGUUUGCCAACGAGGAUGACAUCAGGAGGAUAUUGGAAGCAGCAAAAAAAUUAAACCAAAGUGGGCAUUUUCUUUGGAUUGGCUCAGAUAGUUGGGGAUCCAAAAUAGCACCUGUCUAUCAGCAAGAGGAGAUCGCAGAAGGGGCCGUGACAAUUUUGCCCAAAAGAGCAUCAAUUGAUGGAUUUGAUCGAUAUUUUAGAAGCCGAACUCUUGCCAAUAAUCGAAGAAAUGUGUGGUUUGCAGAAUUUUGGGAGGAGAAUUUCGGAUGCAAACUGGGAUCACAUGGGAAGAGAAACAGUCACAUAAAGAAAUGCACAGGGCUGGAGAGAAUUGCACGGGAUUCAUCUUAUGAACAAGAGGGGAAGGUUCAGUUUGUAAUCGAUGCAGUGUAUUCCAUGGCUUAUGCCCUGCACAACAUGCACAAAGAACUCUGCCCGGGAUACAUAGGCCUUUGCCCAAGAAUGGGCACCAUUGAUGGGAAAGAGCUACUGGCUUACAUCAGGGCUGUGAAUUUUAAUGGCAGCGCUGGUACACCUGUCACUUUUAAUGAAAAUGGAGAUGCUCCUGGACGCUAUGAUAUCUUCCAGUAUCAGAUAAACAACAAAAGUACAGAAUAUAAAAUCAUCGGACACUGGACCAAUCAACUUCACUUAAAAGUGGAAGACAUGCAGUGGGCUCAUAGAGAACACACACACCCAGCAUCUGUCUGCAGCCUGCCGUGUAAGCCGGGGGAGAGGAAGAAAACCGUGAAAGGGGUCCCUUGCUGCUGGCACUGUGAACGCUGUGAGGGGUAUAACUACCAGGUGGAUGAACUGUCCUGUGAACUCUGCCCUUUGGAUCAGAGACCCAACAUCAACCGCACAGGCUGUCAGAGGAUCCCCAUCAUCAAGUUGGAGUGGCAUUCUCCCUGGGCUGUGGUACCCGUGUUCAUAGCAAUAUUGGGAAUCAUUGCCACCACCUUUGUGAUUGUGACCUUUGUCCGCUAUAAUGACACACCUAUCGUGAGAGCUUCUGGGCGGGAACUCAGUUAUGUGCUGCUUACGGGGAUUUUCCUCUGUUACUCAAUCACCUUUUUGAUGAUUGCCGCACCUGAUACAAUCAUAUGCUCCUUCCGACGGAUUUUUCUGGGACUUGGUAUGUGUUUCAGCUAUGCAGCACUUUUGACCAAAACAAACCGUAUCCACCGAAUUUUCGAGCAGGGGAAGAAAUCUGUCACAGCACCUAAGUUUAUCAGUCCAGCAUCCCAGCUGGUGAUCACCUUUAGCCUCAUCUCCGUUCAGCUCCUUGGAGUGUUUGUGUGGUUUGUUGUGGAUCCCCCCCACACAAUCAUUGACUAUGGAGAGCAGCGGACACUAGAUCCGGAGAAUGCCAGGGGAGUGCUCAAGUGUGACAUUUCUGAUCUCUCACUCAUUUGUUCGCUGGGAUACAGUAUCCUCCUGAUGGUCACGUGUACUGUUUAUGCCAUUAAAACCAGAGGGGUCCCAGAGACGUUCAACGAAGCCAAACCUAUUGGAUUUACCAUGUACACCACUUGCAUCAUUUGGUUAGCUUUCAUCCCCAUCUUUUUUGGUACAGCUCAGUCAGCAGAAAAGAUGUACAUCCAGACAACAACACUUACUGUCUCCAUGAGUUUAAGUGCUUCGGUGUCUCUUGGAAUGCUCUAUAUGCCCAAAGUGUAUAUUAUAAUUUUUCAUCCAGAGCAGAAUGUUCAAAAACGCAAGAGAAGCUUCAAGGCUGUGGUGACAGCUGCUACCAUGCAAAGCAAACUGAUCCAAAAAGGCAAUGACAGACCAAAUGGCGAGGUGAAAAGUGAACUCUGUGAGAGUCUUGAAACCAACAGUAAGUCAUCUGUAGACUUUCAGAUGGUCAAGAGCGGGAGCACUUCCUAAUAGAUCUUCCUCUACCAAGACAACAUAUAUCAGCUACAGCAAUCACUCAAUCUGAACAGGGAGAUGACACCAUCUGAAGAAAGGUGGUGUGUGUCCUUAAAUAUUGAACAUGAGACUACAAAAAAAGUCACUCCUGGAGACCUCUGUAGACUACAAUCAAUCAGAUCAAUAGUCUUGUAAGGAACACAAUUAGCCAUGAGCCAAAAGUAUCAAUCCUGAGGAGCAAAGAAACCAAUUUUAUACAAUAUGACCAAUGAGUGUCAAGCUAAAGUAUUGCUUACCUGUGAGCAUUAAAACAAAAAAUUCAAAAGGAAAACUAAUGUUAGCUUGUGAAAAAAAAAAUGCCGUUGAAAUAAACCAUGUCUGAUGUUAUUCUUGUAAGUAUAUUUCUGUGAUUGUGAGAACUCCUGUUCCUGUCCCACACUGUUCAACUUGUAUAAGACUCAGUCUGUCUCUUGUAAUGGCUGACCGGAUUGAAGCCCUGGGUUGUGCUACAAAAUAAAUGCAAUGGUUGACGCAUGCACUUUUUAUACAAAUAAUUUAUUUCUAAUAAUAAAGGAAUGUUUUGCAAAUGUU